AAGUCAAAGCCUAGCCUGUCAACAUGGCGGCCGCGGCUGCGCGGCUGCUGCUUCCGAGGGCGGCCAGGACCGCGGCCACCUCCACCACCGCUGGAGCCCGCGGCCCCCUCGAUUCCUUCUGUAGACGCUUCCGAACUCUCGGGCCGCCGCCGCUCCUGCGGCGGCGGCCGCCGCCGUCGGCCGAGUUUUUGCGGGGCCUCUCCGAGGCGGCCUUCGACGCGCAGGCGCUGGAUACCCGCGUCCCCGCCACCGUCAUCACCGGCUUCCUCGGCUCCGGCAAGACAACCCUCCUGAACCACAUUUUAACUUCACAGCACGGGAAGAGGAUUGCUGUUAUUGAAAAUGAGUUUGGCGAGGUGGAUAUUGAUAGCUCGCUUGUUGCUAGCCACUCUUCCGUUGCUGAGGACAUUGUAAUGGUGAAUAAUGGCUGCUUGUGCUGCACUGUCCGAGGGGAUCUUGUUAAGAUGCUUCUGAAGUUGGUGAAGCAGAAGGGGGACAAGUUUGAUCAUAUUGUCAUUGAAACAACAGGUCUUGCAAAACCUGGUCCUGUCAUUGAGACAUUCUGUUCACAUGAAUUGAUUUCUAAAUAUGUGAAACUUGAUGGUGUGGUUACUAUGGUCGAUUGCAAGCAUGCCAUGAAGCAUUUGAAUGAAGUAAAAGCCAGAUGGGUUGUAAAUGAGGCUGUAGAACAAGUUGCUUAUGCAGACCGAAUUAUAUUGAAUAAGAUUGAUUUGGUUGAUGAUGCCGAACUGGAGGCGUUAACUAACAAAAUUAAGAUCAUAAAUGGGAUGGCACAGAUGAAAAAGGCAAAAUUUGGCGAUGUUGACAUGGAUUUUGUGCUAGGAAUUGGAGGUUAUGACCUUGACAGGAUCGAGGCUGAAGUUCAGUUGCAAGAAAGCAAGGAGACAGGCCAUUGUCACCAUGGAGAUGAACAUGGACACCAUCAUGAUCAUGUCCAUGAUUCAGCUGUCACUAGUGUGAGCAUUGUUUCGGAGGGAGUACUUGAUCUUGAUGAGGUAAAUGAUUGGCUAGAGAGGCUGGUUGAUGAGCAAGGCGAAGAUCUUUACAGAUUGAAGGGUGUUAUAUCAGUAAAUGAGUCAACUGGACGCUUCGUAUUUCAGGGUGUGCACUCAAUGCUGGAAGGAUGCCCGGCAAAGCCCUGGGAACCUGAUGAGAAGAGAGUCAACAAACUAGUGUUUAUUGGCAGAAAUUUGGACGAAGGCGCACUGAGAAAAGCCUUCAACGGUUGCUUACUAUGAACUCUCUGGUCAUGCCUCGAUCCUGGGAGGUUGAAGUUGCAAACUGAAGCACCACACCCACAAGCCAUGGAUGCAGAUACAGGAUGCUGCGCGUUUCACUGCUGAUGUUCAGCUCAUAUUCAAUUGAGAAACCGAUUACUGUGACAAUCUAUGAAUUACCAACAUGCUAGAUAGGAUCAGCCCUUUUUGAGAUGCAAAUGCCAAAGGUUUGUGUUUACGUGUCUGGGUUGGUACCGAACUUGUGAAUUGAGAAACUUCUGUUGUGUUAUUCUUGAUAUGAAAUCAACCCAGAGUGCGAUAAAUCCA